AUGCAGUCCUUCUCAAGAUUGGACUCAUUUUUAGCGAGCCAGAAGAAACUGGAAGAAAACAACGCAACGCUUCAGCAAGAAAACGUCAAGUUGCGAACUGAACUCUCAAAACAGGAGAGACUAAAUAACACCAAACGCGGCUCAAAACGUAAACGUGCAGAAUCCAAAGUAGAAGUUCCUAUGGAUUUAAGGGUAGGUUUACGUACGUAUUUUAUUGCUUUGAUGUUAGAAGAAAACCUUUUCAUCAUGAGAGAUCAGAGUUUGUGCUUAUUCUUUAGAGCUGACCGUGUGAUAGCGUGUCUUCAAAGGCGCCGACAUGCCUGUGUUGUAAAACAUCACAGGAGCCUACAAACCCUCAUUGUCUUCCCCUUCGCGCCCAAUUUUAGUAUUUAAGAAGUGAGAACAUAUAUUUAGAACAUAUAUUUAUUUCACCAUUGAAUAACACGAGAUCGAUGGAGAAAGUUUCUGUUGGAAGCAACCGAUAAUGAUCGAGAUGUGGUUGAUCUCAAAGCAGAAGCCAUGAACAGGGUUAUUGGUUAUAUGCUUCUGUUUCAAUUUGUAGGGUUCGCACAGUCUUGAAAAGUCCUUGAAUUUCAUUUUUUCCUUGAAAUUCUAUGAAAGGCCUUGAAAAGUCCUUGAAUUUUCUUCAACUUUGAAUGUAGUGGCCUGGAAAGUGUUUUUUGAUGCUUUUUGGUUGUCCAAGACAGAAUAUGAAUCAUAGCUCAAAGAAUUUAAAGGUUAUUUACACAAAAUCCUCAAUGUUUUAUGCAAUAAUUAACUCUCAAUUUAAGACAAGUGAACUGAAAAAUGUAAAGAAGUUGGUGAAGCAAACAGUUCAAGCCGUAAAGCCUUAUUAGAAUAGACUGGGAAUGUGCAUUAACUUUAAAAGUUGUUCAUAAAAUUGGAAAUAGUCCACUGUAAAAUGUCAUAGAUAGGCUUCAGUUAAAAUUGACUUAUUACAUGAAUUAGGUCUUGUUUUAACUGAGGAUAUUUUACUGAGCCUUCACUUUGAAAUUAACAUACUGGUUUUGUCACAGUCCCCAGUCAGAGGUGAACCAGGACAUCUUGUCUAAAAUAAAAGAAGUUCUAAAAAAAGAACAGGGAGGAGAAAAUUGCACAUGGACUGAUCUGCAAAUGGAAGGUUUG